AUGAAGACUACAACUGGUGUGCUCCUUUUUCUGAGUCUCUUUGGACUAAACUCUGGUCUUUUUAGAAGACACUAUCAUGUGAGUAGCUACAUGUUCUGGGAAGAUGCACAGACGUACUGCAGAAACAACUACGAUGACCUAUCCACUGCCAGCGGUCCAGAUUUGAAAGCACUCUCUAAAGUUGUCAAUAUUCGCCCCUAUAAUUAUUGGAUUGGACUUCAUUCAGAUACAUCCCAACACAUUUGGAAGUGGUCUGAAGGUGGGAAAGCCAAAAUUCAGGAUUGGGCCCAUAAAGAACCAAAAAUUUAUUAUGAAAAAUGUGGUUGUGUCCGUACAGAUGAUUCUAAAGUGCGUGAUUGUGAUUGCUAUUGGAGUAUACCAUUUUUUUGUAUGAAUGUCUAUGAGUUGGUCCUGGUGAAACAGGAAAGCACAUGGGAAGAGGCUCUGGACUACUGCAGACAAAACUACCUUGAUCUGGCUAUUCUAUAUUCGGCUGUUGUGAUGACAGAGGCAAAGAAUAACAGCACAAAUGCCCAGACAGACGAACUGUGGACUGGUCUUCGGUUUUUAUCAGGCCGUUGGCUUUGGGUAAAUGGAGAGGAACUUCAAUAUAAGGCCUGGUCUGGGGGGCAAGAGCUCCAGUGUCCUGCCAUGAAUCAGCGCUGUGGAGUUUAUAAUAGACAAGAGAUGGCCUGGAAACCUGAAGACUGUGAAAAGAAGCUCAACUUUCUCUGUGUCAAGAAGGCAUAA